AUUCACCAAAGAUGGUUUAAAAAUGCUAAAAAUCAUGGCACAUAUGAGGAUUACAAUUACCUUGAAAUUAAUGAUCAACUUUGUCCUAAACAUUACUUAUCAAUUGUACAAUCAAAAAGAAAUAAAUCAAAUAAUCAAAAAAGAAAAUCACAAGAUUUUGAAAAUGAUAAUAAUAUUAUUGAAAUUGAUGACCAUUCUACUUCAACCGUAAAUGGUUUGCUCUUAUCGGAAGAUACAUUAUCUUCAUCUGAUAAUAAUGCUGAUGACCAGAUAGUAAUAACAGAUGCAAUUCCUUUAUUUCAUCAUUGGACUACUUUGACGCCAAUGUUGGAAGUUGGUUUACAACAGGUUGAUAUUUAUGCUAAAAGAAAUAAGCUUAAUGUGGUUGGAUACUAUCAUGGAAAUGAAAGAGUUGACGAUAAUAAAUUGCCACCAUUUGGUCAAAAAAUAGCAUCAAGAAUUCAAGACACCUUUAAUAAUGCAAUUGCUGUUGUAGUUCAGAAUAUAAAACUAUCACCAGAAAAACCAGAAAUAGCAAUUCUGCCAUAUAUUUUUAAAGAAAAUCAGUGGCGUCCUGAUAAUAAAGCAAUUUCUACGAAAACAACGGAGCCUAUAUUUAAAUUUGAAAAUUCAGAUGUGGCUAAUUUGACAGCUGAAUCAAUUCUUACAAAACAUUUUGAACAUUUAUAUGACUUUGAUGAACAUUUAGAAAAUAUAGAAUUGGAUUGGUUAACUAAUACAAAAGUUACACAGUUAAUUGAUAAUGGAACUAAAAAAAAUAAAUAA